AAUCAGCAUCAAGCAUCAGGCAUAAUUCAUGAGAUAGCGAAGGGGAGUGACGCAGUUAUUAUAGAUGCCCAACGUCUCUAUUAAAUCUACAGGAAUUCAAAUGUCUAAUCUGUAGACAUAUGUUUUAUCCCUCUUUGAGAAUAAAUAGUGAUUUAAAAUAAAAACAGAGGAUUUGUUGAACGGCUCGUGAUAUUCUAAUGCCGUUGAUGUUGGAGGUUGCUGCUAUCCACCUCGAGGACUAGAUGCGGUAGCCAGCACGAGAUAUGCCGCAGCCCAAAUCACGAAAAAUCGCCAUCCUCGGGUACAGAUCCGUAGGAAAGUCCUCACUAACAAUUCAGUUUGUGGAAGGCCAGUUUGUUGACUCCUAUGACCCAACAAUAGAAAACACAUUCACCAAGAUGAUCACGAUAAACGGACAAGAAUACCACCUGCAGUUGGUAGACACAGCGGGACAGGAUGAGUACUCUAUCUUUCCUCAGACCUAUUCCAUAGACAUCAAUGGAUACAUCCUGGUCUACUCUGUCACAUCUAAUAAAAGUUUUGAAGUAGUUCAGGUUAUCCAUGAAAAACUUCUGGAUAUGGUGGGGAAAGCUCAAGUACCUAUUAUAUUGGUGGGGAAUAAGAAUGACCUGCACAUGGAACGGGUGAUCAGCUGUGAGGAAGGGAAGGCCCUUGCAGACUCCUGGAACGCUGCCUUCAUGGAGUCCUCAGCUAAGGAGAACCAGACAGCGGUGGAGGUGUUCAAGACCAUGAUCCUGGAGGCGGAGAAGCUGGAAGGCGGCGUCCAACCAGGGAAGACUUCCUGCUCCCUCAUGUAGAGCUGCCAACCAAUCAAACACAGAAUAGGACACUGCACUGGGAUAUCCCGUUACUUGAAGGCUUCCUGCCAGUUCCAACUGCUACUUAUCAACUGUCUUCAACUGUCAUCAGUUGUCUUCAACUGUUUAUUUACCUGUAUUUCUGUAUGUCUGUAUUGUUUUCCAAUUUGUUAUGAAAGGUUGAGUGACUGUU